UAUAAUACGUAAAAGACUAGGAAAUAAAACAAAGUGACCAUUUUAUAAACAAUGUCCAAACCUGGUGUCAAGGUUGCUUUAGUAAACAAACUGCGCUAUGUACUAUGUAGUCAAAUUGUUUUAGUUCCGAUAGUUUGUGUAGUUGUCUCGGUGAGUCAGUGUCAGAUAGAGCUGAUUUUUGUCGCUACAGAAUUUAUUACUUUCAGCCAUGCGUCUAAAUUUAUUUUUAAUAAAAAAAUAGCGUUUAAUUCAUGCGUGAGUUAUUAAGGAAAAACGCGGAAUUCAAAAUGCACGCCGGUGAGAUGAGAGAGAGGAGCAGGAAUGCGGCAAGGACACGUAGGGAAAACGAGAACGCCGAAUUCCUAGAAUUGGCCAAACUCUUGCCAUUACCGGCGGCCAUUACUAGCCAAUUAGAUAAAGCUUCAGUCAUCCGGUUGACCACUAGCUACUUAAAAAUGAGACACGUCUUCCCUAACGGCUUAGGUGACGCUUGGGGUGCAGCGACUCCAGCAAACCAUGCAAAAGAAGCUUGCAUUAAAGAGCUCGGUUCAUAUCUACUACAGAGUCUCGAUGGUUUUAUAUUCGUUGUAGGCGGAGAUGGAAAGAUCAUGUAUAUAUCUGAAACAGCAUCUGUUCACUUGGGGUUGUCACAGGUGGAAUUAACUGGUAACAGUAUAUUUGAAUAUAUCCAUCAAGCUGAUCAUGAUGAAAUGAUAUCAGUACUUAGUCCACCUCUUCCUCAAAAUCUUCCAGCGGAGAAUAUGAUGAUGAAUUCAACUGUGUUUGAACUUCAACGUGUAUUUUUUUUACGGAUGAAAUGUGUACUGGCAAAACGGAACGCAGGGCUUACCACAGGAGGAUACAAGGUAAUACACUGUUCUGGUUACCUUAAGGUGAGACAAUAUCCUGCCGGAAUGCCCGGAAUAGAAACCGUUGGCCUAGUUGCAGUUGGUCAUUCGUUACCACCGCAUGCCAUCACAGAGAUUAAAUUGCAUUCAAAUAUGUUUAUGUUUCGUGCGAGUUUGGACUUAAAGCUCAUAUUUCUAGAUGCCAGAGUAUCUCAGCUGACAGGAUACGAACCUCAGGAUUUAAUUGAAAAGACACUCUAUCAUUACAUUCACGGUAAUGAUAUUCAUAACAUGAAACUCUCGCAUCACACACUGUUAUUGAAAGGCCAAGUCACCACAAAGUACUAUAGGCUGUUGGCCAAAGAUGGUGGUUGGGUGUGGGUUCAAAGUUACGCCACCAUAGUCCAUAAUAGUAGAUCUUCGAGGCCCCAUUGUAUAGUUAGUGUAAAUUACGUACUGAGUGAGUCCGAAAUGAAAGACGUCUGCCUGUCCGUAAGCAAUAACGGUUGCACGACGUCACAGAAUGGCAAUGAAGAUGCUGUAAUCCAAAACAAAUCCAGCAAAGCGCAACAAAACCAAAGACAGUCAAAUCAAAAUCACAGGUACCACAGACCACCGGUGGUGACCGAUGAAGAAUACAGUGAUUCCAGCGGUGGACUUUUCAACGACUACGUGAGCAGUAACAGCGAACCGCAAUCGCUGGUCAACGGCCCCGUCGGCGGCGGUGACGGCACCGGCCACCACCAUCCGCCCCAUCUGAACAUGAUGCAGGCGUCCAACAUGUACACGGUCGAAGAGUACAUCUACCCAGAACUGUUCUACCCGUACGACCAGGCGUGCACGCGGCCGUUCAGCUCGGCGUCAAGCUGCUCCAGUUCGAACGAGAGCGACAGGAUGCAGCUGGCGCAUCAGGCCGGCGGCGGCGGUUACACGCCGCCCGCGGCCAUGCUCAUGACCGCCACCGGCCACCACGACGACCAUCACGCCGCGGCCGCGUACCAGGCGCUCACGCCCAUCGGCUCCUCGGCGCCCGCGACCACCGUCGGCCACCACGGCGUCAUCGUCGACACCCAACACUACACCGCCGUCAACGAGUACGUCCACUGAUCGCCCGCCGCCGGAAGUAUACUCGCGUAAAACGUCAUGACACGGAGUAGCUGUACUUUAUUCGCGACAGAGUUCCAACGCGGAACGGCCGCGAUUAUAUAAAUAUUUUAUACGAACGUAUAUAAAAUAUGUGUAAAUAUAUACAAAUUAGUGUAUAGGUUGAAUAGUAUAAUAGUUAUAUUAUAUGAUGUAUUACAAAAUAUGUUACGUGUACAGUGAGACCUCUUAAUACCGGACACUGUCGGUUGUUGAAACGUUUUCCGCUUUUCGGAGGUGUCCGUUAACAACGUAACGUUUUGCUGUGUGUAUAUGCGAGUAGAGCGACAAAAUCGAGCGAAAAUCGGUGUCUAACGCCCUUAUUAACCCCAUAAACAUCAUGGUAUUAUAAUUAUUGUCCGUUGUGUUCGCGGAAUAUUGCUCGAUCGGGCACAGACCGCUACGAGUUGUCAUCAAUAAUAAUAAUCGCGUGCGAGGGGGUUGGAUGUCCCGAAUGAGGUCUGUGCAGGGGCCGUGCGACUGUAGUGUGAAUUCAUAUAUUAUGUUCAGGGUUGGCUUUUGUAUAAUAGAGCAUACGGCACUCGACGAGCGACGGACGACUACGAGUCGAAUCACCGAAUUCGUUUCGCUGGUCGGCUACCGGUACCGCGGACGAAUUGGUUCCGAUGAAAAAUUAAUUGUAUUUUUCGUAUUAUUAUGUCAUACAUAGGUAUAUAUAUAAUUGAUCAACAACAAUUUCAUAAUCAUCUUAAAACUUAAAACAAUUUUACAAGAUAACCGAUUUAUGUACAUCAUGGAACUGAUUCAAACAGUAAUGUUUUAUAUCGGUAAUCAAUUUGUUCUCUUUAUUUGACUUUAAAACCAAUUCUGUAUUAUAUCCGAUACGACGACGGUCAUUUCCCCUCGAACACAGCCAAUGUGUAUCUUAUAAAAUUAUGUCCAACGCAUAAUGUGUCCGGAAUUCGAAUUAAUUUAUGCUCGUCAAAGCCGAUAAUAUCUACACAUUCGUAUACAGGGCUUACCAGCUAUACCGUGUAACCGAAAACGGCUUAUACUUUUUUGUUGGAACGUUUCAAAACACUAAAUACGGCAAGCACUCUGUGUACGAGUGUGCUGUAGGUAUAUUAUAAUAAUAUGAUUUAUAGUAAAUUUUAACUGUACAUAAUAUUUUUACAAUGACUAUUUUACGUCAUGAUUAUAAUAAUAUUAUAUAUAAAUAAGUAGAUGUAUACUUAUUAUUCCUGUUAACUCUGUAGAAUAUUUAUUUAUUAUUUAUUUGUACAUUUUAUGAUAAUUUUACCUAAAUAAUUUAUUAAUAUAGACAUGCAUUUAAAAAAAAAAAUAUUUAUAUACUGUGUUUAAUGAAUAUUACCUAUAUUUGUUUAUUGUAUUAUUUUCUCUGCUGUAUAUAUAUAAUAUAUGCUGGCCCAAAAUAAGGGAUAAGACAAGCUAGAAAGUGAGAGCCACGUUUCCGGGGUCAGGGUAAUGUAUAAAGGGCGUCUAGAUAAUAUAGACUAUAUGUAUAGUGUUGUCAGCUUAAUAGUUUAUUAAGUGAUUAAUUGUUUACAAUUUAAUUAAAUGUUUAUAUUUUGUAUAAUGAAAAAUAUAACAUUUUAAGAUAAACUAAAGAAAAAACAUUUUAAUAACUUCUAUAUUUGUAUAAAAAUUAAAUAUUUAUACCAGGAACA